AUGCACAUCAGCUUUACGAUUUCAUUGGUGUUGUGUUUAGUUCAACUACACUGUGUGAUUUGUAGUUGUGGGUUAAAGACAGCGAGUAUUGGUCAAUUGAAGGAAAUUUAUGGUCAACAACCAAUUCAGAUAGUUUCGUCCAAUGAAACUAUUAUUGCAAUAGCUCUUAAAGGUUAUUCAACUACUACACCAAGAUCACUAUUUGAAAACAAGAGAAUCAUUCUAUUUACUCCAAAUUCUGAUUUUUACUCAGUUUCCGACCAACGAUUGAAAAUAUUAGAAAGUUCCUUUAACACAUUAUUAGAAAUUUAUAAUAUUUCAACUUCUGCAUAUGCUGAUAUCAAACCUAUUUCCAUUCUUUCAGCUGUUAGAAUCAACUCUGAUUGCGUGUUUGGAAGUAUUCUUGUUGAUUAUUGGUCAUCAAAUGAAGGUCCAAUUAUCAUAACAACUGACAGAGAAAUGCCAAAGGUUUUGAGGUUGAUUAGAGGAAAUAACAAGCUAGGUAGAUACCUACAGGUUGAAGAUUUAAAUGUUGUGAGAUUGGCACCAUUGUUCUUUUCAUAUUCCAACAGUCUAGAUCAAAACCAAAUCUCAUGUGUCACUGAUUAUUUUAACAACUUCACUACAACAUGUGAUUCAUUAAUUAGAUUGUGCAGAGAAGAAGUGAAAGGGGAUUCUUACCGUACUUCAUGUUAUUUGAAUCACGAUUAUUGUCUGUUUAGGUCAUCAAAAAUUUCUCUAUCAAAUUCUAGUUUCGAAUUUAAUAAUUUUGUGAAAUAUCUUCAAAGCAGUUACCCUCAAAUCACAUUGUAUACAAACGAAACAAUUUCAAGUAUUGGAAUCUCCAAUAUCACCCUUUCUUACAUGAACAGUGAAGUAUAUGAAUGUUCAUCCUCCACCUGUGCCUUUGAACCUGUUAAAUAUGAAGAAAUCCAAGGUGUUUAUGCAAUUUUUUUUCUAUGUAUCUACUAUAUUGGUCUGUUAUUGACAUUUAAUACUAAAUCCAUCAAAAUUAGAUUGGCUGUUCCAUACCUUUGCCCACUCUUUGUUAUUAUGCGAAACAUUUUCCAGAUUAUGGUAUUUACUGCCAAUUGCACUCGAUUGUAUAAUGGAAUAGCCAAUGCAGUUGUAAUGUAUCCUGUAUUCCUGUAUUUUAUAACAGUUGUGAGAUAUUUCUAUCUGAGAAAUUUGUUUACAAUAAUUUCAAAAUCUGAUCAUUUCAAAUUUUUCAAGUUUUUGGGAAAGAAGUGGUUAGGAUUAGUUACAAGUGUAACAGUACCUUUUAUUCCUCUUGGAGCUUCGGUUCUCAUGAUACUAGAAAAAGAAGUUUACCUUACUUCCUAUUUGGGAUAUUUCAGAAAUGCACCUCUUGGUGCUGUCAUUAUUCUAUGUAUUGUAAUUGGUUUAAUAUUCUUGCUAUUGGAUAUGAUUGGAAAUCGAAGAAAGAUCAAAAAGAAAGGAAUAUACUACUACUUUUUCUUUGAUGAUCCGUUCUAUAUCAAGAUAGACUUGUUACUCAUAUUUUUACUCCUCGUACUCACAAUUAUCACCCUGUUAGUGUAUAAUAAUCAAUUUGCCAUUGGAGUAUUGACAGUUCUAUUUUCAUUGACUUGUUAUUUAAUUCUUGGUGGAAGUGCAAUGAUUAUUGAAAUUUAUAGAAAAAUAAGUAAAUUACUUUCUUCAAACAGAGGCAAUGAACCAAAAGGAAAGAGAACAUUGGAAUCCAGAUUGGAAGAUGUGAAUUUGAUGAAAUUAUUGAGAAAGUUUGCAAAGAAGGAAUUUUCAAUUGAAAAUGUAAUGUUAUAUGAAAUGUUAAUAUCAUUGGAGAAUAAGAAAAGCCCAUCUUCAGGUAAUGAUAGAUCGAAAUCAAGUAUGGGAGCAUCUACUGACUCAUUGCCUACAUCCAAUUCAAGAACCUCACGAACAUUUAGUUCAAGUUCCCUCGUCAAUUCUGCAGAUUCAUUCUUAACUUUCGAACAGGCUGCCCAAAUUGAAGAGCUCUAUAUGAGAAAUUAUUCCAAGUUUGAGGUCAAUUUUCCAAACUCUACUAAAAAGGCAUUUUACAAAUGGUUUGAAGAGAAGAAACAAGUUUGUGAGCAAACACCAACUGCAAACUCAAUCCCUUACUCUGAAUUGAGAGAAAUCCUCAUCUUUGAAGUCAUUAAGAAUGUAUCUGAUACCUUUUCUAGACUUGAGGAAACAGCAGAGUACAAAAAGUGGCUCAAACUCACAGAACUUCAAAAGGAAAAUGAAUUAUAUGACUUUUAA